GUUUAAUAAUAAUAAUAUCGACUAAUGGGGUAAUAAUUUUAGUUUUAACAAAUGUAUAAAUUAAACAGUAGGUAUUUAUUUUAAAUAUUGAUUAAUUGAUACGUAAAAAAAAUCAGUGUUUGUAGCGAUAUGUAUUUCAUAGUCGAAUCGUACACCGUCAACGUGUAGUUUAUCUUAAUUUUAAUAUUUAAGUAGUAUAAUUUUGUAUGUUUUUUGUUUUUACAAAUUUUAUGGGAUUACAUAUUCCUCGUUGUUAUGAUUUUAAACCGUUGCAACACACUUAGACGUUUAUAAUUACUACAAUCGGUCGACUCCCAACAUGGCUCAAACCCGACGUGUUCCGAUAUUCGGUUCACGACCGCCAUGUGCGUACCAGUCUCGUCUUGAUGAACGGCAUAUGCAGCUGCGUAUGGCUAGACUAGAACGUUCAAGGAAAUCAGAUAAACCCGAAGAUUUUGUCUGCUACGAAGACUCCGACGAAGAAGAAGAAAGUACUAUGUCGUUGUGUAUGAUGUUGAACUCUUCUUAUAAUUUUGUCGACUACGUGAGAAACAGAGAAUAUGGAAUGCGAGAGUAUAGGACUGUGAAUCAAAAUCACGGUACAAGACACAUACUAACACACGAUCUAUUUAAAGAGCGAUCUAUACCAUUGAAAACAAUGAAUAAAGUUUUUUGUUCACAAUGGCUUAGUAGUAAACAAAUUGUGUUCGGAACAAAAUGUAACAAAUUGAUGGUAUACAAUGUAAAAUCGCACGAACUCGAUCAAAUACCAUCAAUUAAGGGAAGAGUCGAUGAAGCCGCAGACCAACAAAGUGGUAUUCAUUCAUUAAAAAUAAAUCCAUCUAGAACAUUACUCGCAACAGGCGCAUAUAAUUCAAAUGAAAUUGGUGUCUACAAAUUGCCCACUUUAGACCCAAUCGUAUUAGCAGAGGGUGCUCAUAAAGAUUGGAUAUUCGAUAUUGAAUGGCUUGACGAUGAGUUUUUCGUCAGUGGAUCACGCGACACUAAACUCGCUUUAUGGCAAGUUCAAGAUCGAUAUGAAGAGCGGUUUGACGCUGAUGGUGAUCUCAUACAACCAAUUACACAGUAUCUUAGUCCUACAGUAAUUAGAAGCUGCAAAACAGCGCAAAAAGUGCGUGCCAUCACUUUCAACAAACAGAUGAAAGAAAUGGUUACAUUAUCAUUGAAUGGAUAUGUCCACAUUUGGGAUGUUGAACGUUUUAGACAAAGAUUUUCAAGGAGAUUAUCGUCGUGCCAAGAUAACGUUUGUAUGGCAAUGAAAAAUGACAGCAGCUUGUACGCUGUUGGUUGUCGUUCUUAUACACUUUUACUGGAUUCGAGAACAUUACAUACUAUAAAAAAAAUUCCUGCAAGAUAUAGCGGAUGUGGUAUUAGAUCUUUAAGUUUUCAAGAUAACGUAAUAACUAUAGGCACUGGCGUCGGAGUUAUUAUGUUUUACGACAUAAAGGCUGGAAAAUAUUUAGAAUCCAGCAUCAACUCGAGCAGAGCCGUUGUUCUUAAAACGAGUAGAGGAUAUGUGUAUCCCGAUGAAGACUAUAUGAUGGAUCAAGGUUUCCAGCAUGUCAAGUAUACUCCAGCUAUAUACACACACUGUUAUGAUUACUCUGGCACGAGAUUAUUUUCAGCCGGUGGCCCGUUACCAGCAAAUCUAUGUGGCAAUUAUGCAGGCUUAUGGCAAUAACACGACUACUAUAGCUGUUGCAAUACAUAAUAUUAAAUUUGAUUUAUGAUGAAAAUUUCAGGCAGUAAGUGCAUGCCUGGCCGAAGAAGGAUAAAAUACUAUUUUUGUCAGUGAUACUCCCAAUUCUAUGAAAUGUAAACGCAAGCAACAAACCACUAAAUUGUUUAGUUUUAUGAUUUCAUUCCAUUAUAUGUUGUAUCAUCUCCUACUUAUGAAAGAAAACUAAACUCCCCUCCCCCCUUGUUUUGGUAAUUUCACUAGGAGUAAGAAAUCAUAAGACUAUUUAAAAAAAUUAUUCAAUGUAUUUAAUUUACUGUGUAUAGUUACAAAACCAGUUUAGUCAGUCACAUAAUUUUUUUGAUUAUUUACAACAAAACGCUGUUUGUUUAUCGUGUAUCAUCUUUAAAAUACUAUCAAC